GGCAAAGCUAGAUGCAGAGCGAGUACAUGGACACCUUCUCCAAUAACAUUUCAAUAUUCGCUUCGGACACAGAAGGUUGUUUACGCGCUAACGUUGCAGAUCUUGCUCGCUAGAAGCGCUUAAACAAGGUAGGCGUCGAUGGCUGUCGCAGUCACUAUUAUUGUACGACAUAUGAGCGGGGAUACCUUCACAGGGAGCUUUGAGAAAAGUCUAUAAAUAUAGCGUCUUUUGACGUCCAUUUUCAUAAACAGGAUAACUCUUUUCACAAUGAUGCAUAGCGGAGCCGCAACUGCAAGCAAGCCCUCUCUCAACCAGAUCCUCUAUGAGGUGACUAGCGAGAAGAUUAUGGAGCUCCAAAGGCAAAAGGAUGUUUUGGAUCGCCACUACAGCGGUGUACUGGAAAAGGCGGAUGCUAGCAAGGACCUGGUUCAAGAGAUUGAAAUUCUGUAUGAAGGAAUCAAGGAGGCCCCAGUGCAGCACAAGACAAAUGUGAACAUGGAGAGUGCCCGACUCUUCAUUGAGAACGUUGCCAAGGAUUCGUCUACUAGUGAACAGCUCUUACGCCAUUGGAUCGAUAGCUUUCGAAAGGAGAUGCAAUACUCGACCUGCAAGUGCACUUACUCUUACAUUUAUGGAAAGAGUCUACGUGAUGAGCUGUCAGAAGCUGAAUCUCCUGAUUUGGAUAGUGACUUCUAUGUAGUCUCUAAAGAAAAGAAGGAACAGAUGACGGAACGCGAAAAGACGAUCAAGGAACUUGAAGAGCGUGUUUUCGAAGCUGGACAAAUCAAUUCGGACGCCUUCAAGGCUUUUCUGGACAAGACUUUUGACACAGAGGAAGUGAAGAUUAAGAAAGUACUAGAUACUUCAAGAAAGGACACUGAGGAGUUUUGUAAGAAGUUGCUUGAAGAAGACAUGUCAGUGUGGGAACUUAAAAACUGUGUGGAAGGUCUGUUGGGGUGUGACUUGCUCAACUCCGAGAAGCAAGCUACUUUAAGGCAGUUGAAGGAAAGCGAACCGUAUCUUCAAGAUCUUGCGACACUUCUAUCCAGUCGACUCAAGGCGGUCAAGUAUUGGAACUGGCCUGAGAAAGGAGUUUAUGUGGAUGUUCGGCGAUCUAUGGCUGGACGGUAUCGAGCUUUUCUCGACGAAGACAUCAUCACAGCACUUUUCCUCCAAUACAUUGGAGUACGAUUUGCAGUUCAUAUCAAAGGUGAAUUGAGAAAAAUGUACAGUAUUGAUGAUGGCCCUAUCAGUUCCCGAAGAACUCGAAGACAAGAUUCUGGCAUUGACUCCUUACGACGAACCACCCACGAGAACAGCCUCCUUUCUGUCCUUCCGGACUCGCAAGACAGUCAAUCUAACUUUGCGUACGAGUACAACGAAGGAUCCAGCAAUACUGCUGUGAAUAUCAAGAAUUCACUCAUUCAUCUCCUUGCCACAGAAGCUCAACUUCACAAGGUGAUCAAGCCUGACCAGCCAUUUACCGUAGUCCGCACUGACAUGGAAUGGUUCGGACCGUCUAUUGAGCAUGA